AUGGCUCCGGACGUCCAUCUGAGCCCGCUGGUGACGCAGAAAAAGAUAGAAAUAUACUACAGAAUGAGCAUUCCGGUAGACGAGGAGUUUUUGGAGGAAAUCCGACGGAACGCGCAUGUGGAAGUGGACCGGAAGGGACGGAUCGUGGCGGUAUUCGGAGAGCGGCGAACGAGGAUUCCGGCUGAGAGUCGAAGAGGAAAUCAGCAGGAAAAAGUACCUGGAUGGCGUCAGAGACUUUGCUCUCUUUCUGAAAUCUCCAGAAUUGGACGGUCUUCUGGUCAGCACUUGGAAGCUGAAAUCGCAAGUUUUGGACGACGAGGUGAACUCUAUAAAAAUUUAAGUUUUCAAAAGAACACCCAAAAAUUUGAAAUUUCCCGCCGAACAUGCGAAUUCUUUCAGACGGUCCCGAUUCGCUUCGUCCAGGAGAUCGCCGAGCAAACCAUGCUGAUCUGGAGACGAAAUUUUGUUCUUUUUUGAAAAAGAAAAUUGAUUUUGCACUGUCCACUUUAUGCUCUUCUCGGUUAUUAUCCAUUUUAUCUUUGUGUCCUAUCUGAAAAUUCACAAAAAAAAGUUGUUCAGCUGCGGAAAUCAUUGAAAAUGGACGUUGAGUCGCUGGGCCCGAGAGGAUGGCACGUUUACUCGGAGGACGAGCUCAAUCUUCUCGACUUUUCGUGGAUUGAGAACGACGCGAUCUGGACGUUCCUCUUCCGACGCAUCCACGCUCCCGGCACGACGAGAGUGAUGAAAGGCAUCGCGAGCCCCAACACCACCGCCUUCUGGGAACUCUUCCGCAAAACGUUCGGAUCGAAGAGACCCGCGUCGAAAUUGAAGAAAUAGUGGGAUUUUUGUUGAAAUUGAAUCUAUAAAAAUGCGCAUUCCAGCUACGAGACACAAUUGGCUCCCCAUAUACAUAAAGCGUUUCUGUGCGGCGAGAUGAAGGCCAAACUGUAUUACGGACUCGACAUUCCGAUCCAUCCGAUCUUUCUGGGCAGAUGUCGAGACUCGGCGAUUGUGAUUCUGGACUCCCGUGGAUGCAUUGUAUUUCUCCGCCAACGAAACGGCCUUGUCCUCGGCGCCCCACCAAAGAAUUUUCCCCCGACACCGAGACAACGCAUUGCAGAUGAGGACACCUCCAUUUGGCAGUUUCUGCUGAAGCAAGUGCACGAUCCGAAGACGGGGAAGGUGGUGCGGUUGAGCACGAAGACGCUGACGAGCUGCACAUUCUGGCACGAGUACCAGCAGUCGACGGGCAGCAAUCUGUCCGUCAGCGUGCUCGUCACGCGCUUUUUCACAACGAUGGCGCCGCGAUUGCAUCUGGUCAACAUUAGCAUAGAGGCGAAGGUCAAGUUGUAUUUCGGGCUCGUACUCAAAGUCGACGACACGUUUUUGAGCAGGUUCUCCUAAACUUUAGAAGAUUUUCAAAGCUUUACACGUUUCUUCUUUAUUGCAGACUUCAAAAGUUCGCGCACGUGGAGCUGGACAGAAACGGAUCGAUGGUCGAGUACCGCGAGAGAAAGUACGGCGGUCUGAAGCUCUCGUACACGCCGAACCGCGUGUGUAACGCGCUGUCGAUGGCGCGCAUGUCGAUGACGGACAACGCGAUUCUGACGGGACGAGAGGACCUGGAGAUGUGGAUCCACGUGUACAAGAAGCUGAGAGAUCCGCUGACGGGAAGCAUUCGAAAGGCGCCGGGACUCACGAUCGCCGCCGCCAUCUGGGAAGAGUUCGCGGCGAUGAAGGCGAACGGACGCAGCGGAAAGGCCUACUUUUACCACUUUAAAAACUAUCUGAUUCCCCAUUUGCACCUGAUGAACAUGCACAAACGCGCCAAAGUCGCGUUGUAUUACGGACUGCUGCUGCCGGUUCAUGCCGAGUUUUUGAGCGAGUAGGUGUACCCCGUUGAGAAGAAGUCUGGGCAAAAUAGUGGCUUUCAGACUGAAACAGGAUGCGAUCAUUGAGCUGGACGAGGACGGAUGCAUAGUGUUGUACAAGGAGAGAAAGAAACGAGUGCAUUCGGAGACGGACCGCCCGAAAGACGUCGUUGAUAUAGUCUCGGACGACGAUGAAGAAGAAGACGGGCGGGGAGAAGUGAAGAAGGGAAAGGUUAAAGUUUCGGUGAAGUAAGAAAAGGUUUUCGUGUCGAACACCGUUGUUUUUGCUUUCAGAGUUGAGAAAGAAGACGAAGUUGAAAUGCCGUCCGAUGAAAUCCAAGAAAACGUCGAAGACGGCCCGGGAAACAUUGAAGAAGAGGCUCGCGGAGCCAUCGAAGCCAUCAUUCAGAUUCUCGAGCAGCAGUUCGAAGCGCUGAUAGUCUAA